AUGAUAGCUCGAGGUUGCAUACGCCGAAACGCUCGUCAAUUGACAACUUCGACAGAACAGGCGAAGCUCUUUAAAGCCGUCACAUUUCUUCACUCAAACAACACCAAAAAAAAGCGUGUUGUGAUUCUGGGCUCUGGAUGGGCAGGAUAUAGCUUUGCUCGGACCCUCGACCCAGCAAAGUACGAACGAGUCGUCAUUUCACCUCGCAGUUACUUUGUCUUCACGCCACUACUCGCUUCAACAUCAGUCGGCACCCUCGAAUUCCGCGCCAUCUUAGAGCCCGUCCGCCGUGCGCCAGGGGGCCUACGCUUCUAUCAAGGUUGGGCCGACGAUGUCGAUUUCUCUCGCAAGGUGAUCCGUGUUGAGGCCAAUGCCAUUGACAAGCUCCAGCAUGAUCUAUCACCGAUCUCAGCAUCUACAGCUGCCAGUGAAGUAGCAACAGAAACCCGACCACCCAAGGGAGAGGUUUUCGAUGUAGAGUACGAUAAGCUCGUCAUCGCCGUCGGUGCUUACAGUCAGACGUUUGGCAUAGCGGGUGUGCGAGAACACGCGCAUUUCCUGCGAGAUAUUGGCGACGCACGACGAAUCCGAUUACGGGUGCUCUCUUUGUUCGAGCAGUGUUCGUAUCCGGCUUCUCCAGGCGGCAAAGAUGGCAAGACAGCGGGAAAGCCGCUUACCGAAGAUGAAAAGAAAUCGCUGCUCCAUUUCGUCAUUGUUGGCGGCGGACCGACGGGAAUCGAGUUUGCAGCGGAACUGCACGACCUGAUUCACGAGGAUCUGAAGAAAAUCUACCCGGAGCUGAUGCCCCUUGUGCGCAUUACCGUAUACGAUGUUGCGCCCAAAGUGCUGCCCAUGUUUGAUAAAGCCUUGGCGCAGUAUGCCAUGGAAGUAUUUGCACGGCAGGGCAUCCAGGUCCGUACUGAGCAUCACCUUCAGCAAAUCAGGGCAGCCGACGGAACACUCGGAAGUGCACACGGCGGCCUGAGCAUCAAGAUCAAGGAAUAUGGAGAUAAAGAGGUUGAAGCUGGCUUAGUUGUCUGGAGCACAGGGCUGAUGCAGAACCCGUUUGUGGAACAAAUGGUCAACAAGCAAUUCACGGCUGUUAAUGAGGCAGAGGCGCCAAAAAGUCACCUCUUGAAAGACCCCAGAACGGGUGGUAUCGUCACAGACGGCUAUCUACGUGCCCGCAUAACUGAUAACAAGAUCAGUGACUCCAACAAAACUGCCAUAUCUACAGCGGCACCAGUCUUGCCAGAUGUAUUUGUGAUUGGCGAUUGCGCAGUAGUGGAGGGUAACGAGUCGUUGCCCAAAACAGCUCAAGUCGCCUCUCAACAAGCAGCGCAUCUAGCGAGGCAACUCAACAGAAGCACCGAUGAGUCCAUUGAUAUCAAGAGUGUUUCGAAGCCAUUCAAGUUCCGCAACUGGGGCACGUUAACGUACCUGGGCGGUUGGAAGGCGAUUCAUCAAAGCUCUGCGGACACACUACGUGGCUGGGUGGCAUGGAUAGUGUGGCGAGGAGCAUAUCUGACGAGGAGCAUGAGCGUGCGUAAUAAGCUCAUGGUGCCGGUGUAUUGGUUUGUGAAUUGGGUAUUUGGGCGGGAUAUAUCACGGUUCUGA